AGAUUCAAAUGAAUCGUACAGAGGUGAAGGCCGAAUUGCAGCCGAUACCAAUUACAAAUGCUGGUUGCGUGCAUUUUGUUGGUAACUUAAAGCGACAUCAUGUGAUUAAUGCGCAAGACUAGUCCACAAGCCGUUAAACUAACAGUUAGUUCAUUGAAGCAAACGAGGACGGUACAUAUUAGACAAGUGCUCUAGUGUGAAGAAGUAAUACAAAUAUUUCUAUUAAUAUGAUCAUAUUUCACAGUAGUACCAAAACUUUUUCGAGCUUUUUGUGUUCGGGUUUCAUUUGUUAUGUUAUUAUAUUUGGCAAGACCACUACACAGGCGCGGAUUCUACCUUUAUUAUGGAGCGUAUCAUCAGAGAAAGCGAAUGUUUUUAAUCUUGGCAAUGGAAGCAGAGGGAGUGUAAAACAGUUUGGUUAUAUACAAUCUAUACCUAAUGUAACUUUAUUCCUGCCAAGUAGAUUGCAGAAUAAUACUAAUCCGCAACAUCUCUUACUGCAUAACUCUGUUUUUGGCAGCGUAAGACUAAAUCUACAACAGGCGAUCAGUAAUAAUAAAUGGGUCAUUAAAAUUUAUGGUGAAGGCACCGAACAUAAAUUUCCGCCAUUUCUAGAGCGCAUCAUUCAACGUAUCCAAACAUACUUUUCAGUUUAUAAAUACACUGAUACUAGUGAAGUAGGAAGUUCCACAUUUUCUGUAGACAACAUAGCUGCAGACGAAGUGGUUACAAAAGAAACCCUUUCCUCUUUGGAUACUACAUCGGUUCAAGAUGGGAAUAGCAGUUUGACACAGUCUCUCAAUACCUUGAAGGGUGAAUCGACUCCGCAAGAAAAUAAUCCUGAUUUGAUAGAGUUUAUCGCAAUAGGCGAAUAUGAUGAUGAUUACAAAGUCAUGGCCAAAGACUGAAUAUUAGUGAUAUAUCUCCAAGUAUAUUAUAUCAUAAUUUAGAUUUAUAAUACAAAAAUAGAAGAGGAUAACUAGUAAGAAAAUAUUGUGUAAUAUUGUGUAAUAGAUUACUAUUUGUUCAAAUGCAAACCUCGUCUGUAUUUUGGUAAAAAUUGUCAACAAACGUUAUUUAGUAUGCUGUAUAUCCAUACCGUUGUGUGAGUUGGAUUCAAAUGAUAAUAACUAAAGUCAAUUACGUAUACUAGAUCGCAUGGGCUCAUUCGUAUCUCUAAUAAACUUGCAUAUAUGUAUGUAGUUGUACAAAUAAAUAAAUAGAUAUAUAAGUAUAUACUUACUUACCACGUUUGUAAGCAUGAAAGAUCGUGACUGAGAUCUACAGUUUUAAUUACUUAAAUUGCGCAAUAACAUAUAUAUAAGUAUAUAUAAUAUAUACAAUUAUAUAUGUAUUUGUAUGAUAAGUAUUACAUACCGUUAUAAAUAAAAAAAUAAUUUGAAUAAAUCGUUGUUAUAUGUGUCUUUUUAAA